GUAUUAGCAAAGCUUAGUGAUGGCGAAUCCGAGGAAGUUUAGUGAGAAAAUAGCUCUUCAUAAUCAAAAGCAAGCUGAAGAAACGGCUGCUUUUGAACAAAUUAUGAAAGAAGUCAUAGGUGCUACAAGAGGGCCAAAACAUCAUUUGCACAUUAAUCAGUCCCUUGGAGCAUAUCGUGCUGGGUCUUUGCCAAAUGUUAACCAAAUCAGUAACAAUAGCAUUGAUUUGCAGAGUGCUUUGAACAGUCUAGAGGAUAUGAAACAAGGUCGAGAAGUUUCUGCUGAUAGAGUGCACCGUGAAAGAGGACGUCAUGCUAUUCCUCACCAAAGUCGCCGUUUUGCAUUUGAAAACAAAAGGAUUGAUGUCUCACCAUACAACUCAUCUUAUCUGUCACCACCUCCUGAUACUAAUUGGAGAAGGACAAAUUCAGAUUCUGCCCUUCACCAAAGUGCUGUAAACCCACAGGAAAAUUUCCAUGGUGCUAACACACCACCGAACAGUCGAACUUAUGAAGUUGAUGGAGUAGUUUUGCAGGAAAAUGAUCAACUUAAUAGUUAUUGGGAUCCAAAGAAACAACAACUUAUGCCACUGCAUCAGUCAAGGCCAAAGUCAUGUGAAGUUCCAGGAAUAAACAUUUACCCCACCCAAGAGGAAUGUGGAUCAGUACAUGUGCCAAUUUCAAACAACACAGGAUCAUUGCCUGACUUAACCAAUCUCCAUUUUCCACCGCCUCUUACUACACCUCUGGAUGUAGAAGACCAAGGAGGAAUGGCUUCAGGAAAUUCAUGCAGCCCACAACAACCGCAUUCUCCAUCCAACAAUAUUUCAUUGAACCCAUCAUCACUACAGCAUCAAACUCAUAUUUUAGGUACUUCUCUAAGUGGAGGAACUCUUAUUUCCUCUGCUUCAGGUGGUGGAAGCAGGCACUCCAGUCCAGGCCCUUCACCCUCCCCUUCUUCCAGGAGACGUCAUCACCACACUUUAACAAACUUAGUCAUUGGUAGUGGUAGUCCUCGACAUCAUGGCCAUCACAAUUUGCAGCAACAGCAAGUACGUUAUAAAUCUACCGGACAUCAUAAUCUCCAAAGAUCGUGGAUGAACAUGGAGGGCUUGACCAUGGAUACCAAUGCUCUCUCACUUGAAACUUAUCCUCAGCAGCAAACAACAUUUGGUGUAUAUCCUCAGCAGCAGUCAUCACCACAACCGUCAAAGACUCAAAUAUUUGGUUACGAAACUUCAAACCCAACAUCUCCAACUUUACCUCAGAUUCCAUUAGGUUCAUACCGAAGUACGAGUCCCGCUGACCACUCUUGCAGUGCUCCGACGUCCCCGGUCUCCCACAGCAUUUCUCCUUCAAGCUCUCCCGGCCUGGGUUCGAACACGACUCUGAGUAACAGCUCUUUUAACGAAUCCAGUUACUAUAUGCAACACCAACAAACCAAUGCGCUUCAGCACCAACUCGAACAGUUCAAGAUGAUGUCUGAUAAUUGCUCCAACUCAAACAAUGUAGGCUCCCAGAAUAACACUGCAAUGUUUCUUGCGACUGUGGACAGUGGUGGGGGCAUAGGCCCCCCUACCGACAAUGACAUCUCGCUCUUAAGUCAAACAGGAGGACUCCCAUUUUCCAAUCAGAUUUCAUCUGGGAUCAAUACUGUUCAAGACAUGGACAAUGCUAUGCUGUAUUCAAUAGCGUCUCUUAGUUCAGAUCCUCAGUUACAGUCUCCAACUUUGUACACUAAACCCUCAGUCAUUUCGAGUCAUCAAACUACACCACAGACACCUCAAACACCAACUAGUAUUCCAGAUAUAAUACUAACUGGAGAACUUGCUAGCAGUCCUGACUUUGAAAUGAGCGGAAGACAUGAGGCUUCACCGAGUGGGGAUGAACCCAUCUUAAGACAGGACUUUGCAAAAGAACUAGGAUGUGCAAUAUCGAACAUGUGUGGCUCUUUCGAUUCUGACUUUUUCACCCCAGAGGAAGCCCUGAGGGCCGGCUUGGGCCCCAUUGACUUUGACGGAUUGCAAAUACUGACGGAACCGGACAUCCCGGUGGUCAGCGACCCUUCCGCGGAAGACUCGUUUCAUCUGGAAGGAUCAUAG